AUCAUCUGGAGGAGGAGGAGGAGGAGGAGGAGCACAAAACUCCACUAGAGACUCUCAACAUAAAGUCCUAAAGCAAUUGUGUGCAAAGUCUGCGCCAGGGUCUCCAGGGAUGAGGAGCUGCUCCAGGCUGAGCCCACUAUGAGAAGGAGCCAGUUUGCUAUGGGAUGGACCAGGGAGAAGAGAACAAAUAUGUGUCCCAGCUUCAAGAGGUUUUCAACAGCUGUGACACAACUGGCACUGGGUACCUGGACAAAGAUGAGCUGACAGAUCUGUGUCACAAGCUCCAUCUAGACACACAGCUCCCUCUACUCCUGCAAACCGUUCUAGGAAAUGAUCAGCUUGCCAGAGUCAAUUUUGAGGAGUUUAAGGAGGGGUUUGUGGCUGUCCUGUCAUCAACUAUUGACAUCAGCAUCUCCGAUGAUGAUGAAAGUAGUUAUUUAGAGCCUGUUGUCCCUGAGGAGGUACAGCCUAAAUUUGUAAAAGGGAACAAGAGAUAUGGCCGACGUACACAUCCUGAGCGUGAAGGUGCUGAAAAUGAGAACAAGAAAUAUUUACAUGAUAAGGACCAUUGGAAAAGUCAGCUGAGGCGGUCUUCUUCAUUGGAGAGCGUAGAGAGCCUCAAAUCCGAUGAAGAAGCGGAGAUCGCCAAGGAGCCUCAGACUGAGAACUUUGAAGCACAAGGGCAACUGAGGACAUGGAACCCAGGAUUUUUUGACAGCCCCAGAAGAAUUUCCAGUGCUCAUGAUAUGACUGAAAACCAGGUGCGGGACAUCUGGGAGGAGUUGGGAGUAGGGAACAAUGGCUACCUCAACAGGCAGGAGCUUGCCACUGUGUGUAAGAACAUUGGACUUGAAGAUCUUUGUGAGGAGGAACUUGAAGACUUAUUUAAGAAGCUGGACAGAGAUGGAGAUGGCCUGGUAAGCUUCCAGGAGUUUCAGGUGGGAUUGUUCAGCCACGCACCUCUACCUGUUGCCUCCACCCCACUCAAGAAGAGACAUGCCUUCUUCCAGGUAGAGGAGAAUAGCCAUAACACAGCCUCACAGUCUCUGCUGUCUGGGUAUGGGGGCUUUCAUCUUUUCUCCAGCAUUGAUGAUGGGACUGGCUUUGGAAACCCAGAGCAGAUCAUGACCAUAUGGGAGGAGGAAGGGAUUCAAAACAGUAAAGAUAUAUUGAUGAGCCUGGAUUUUAAUGUAGAAGGACAUGUAAACCUCUUGGAUCUCACCACUGCUUUAGACAAUGAGUUAAUUGCAACAAAGAACAGACUCUAUCUGGCAGCAUUAGCAUCUUACAAGCACGAGUUACACCAUCAAUACAGCCAAAUCGAACAGGUCAGCAAGGAGAGAAACAAAGUAAAACAAGACCUGGAAAGAGCAGAGAAGAGGAACCUACAGCUGGCUGAUGAAGUGGAUGACCACAACUCUGUGAUGGAGAGUCUCAAUGAAAGCAAGAUCAAAGAUUUGGAGCAAGAGUAUAAGCAGCGCCUUUCCGUGAUUCGCACAGAGCUGGAAACGGAGAAGGAUCUUUUUCUGCAACAGUCUGAACAACAAAAGAAAAAGCUGGAGACAGAUCUUGCUAAUUUCCAAAUGGAAGAAGCCUAUCUGAGGGAAAAACUUAACCUGUCAAUAAAGGAGAACAGCAGGUUACAGAAGGAAAUGGUUGAGAUUGUUGGAAAACUCUCAGAAUCCGAAGAACAGGUGGUGAAGCUACAAACAAGCAUAGAUAAUAUACUGAAGGAAAAGAAACUGACUGAUCCUCAUGGUUCGGAGUUAUUCUCUCAGGAGGAAAAAUUUGCAGAGAUUAUCAGGCAGUAUGAAAUACAGUGCCGGGAAUUACGUGAUCGGAAUGAUGAGCUUCAGAUUCAGCUGGAAACUCUUCGAUCCCAGCUCAGUGAGAGCAGAUAUUCUCGCUUAUUGGCCAAGAUGAAAGACAACAAGCUGUUGCACCAUAAGGCGAAGGAUAAAAUAGAUGAUGGCCAUAAAACUACAAAGAAGGGGAUAUCCUUGAAGCCCAGAAGAAGUGCCUCAGCUGUAGGUUCCUGUGUGCUUCCAGCUUCCACGAUGACUAUGGAGGCUGAGCUGACAAAGCAUCAAGUAAAAGAACUGCAGCAAGAAAUCCAGGACCUCAAAAUACAGCUUGAAACUAAGGUAAAUUAUUACGAGCGGGAGCUUGAACUAAUGAAAACAAACUUUGAAAAAGAACGGAAAGACACUGAACAGAACUUCAAGUUAGAAAUCAGUGAAGUGGAGGAGCAGAAGGCAGACCUCGAGGAACUCAAUGCCAAAUAUCAAGAGGUCAUAGACAGCCUGAGAGAACAACUCCCCAAAUCUGGCCACAUCCAAGAAAUGGAAAAAAAGUUUGAAAAGGAGAGAGCUGAAAUGGAAGAGUAUUAUGCCAAAGAAAUUUCGGCGCUGGCCCAGAGACUGACCAACGAGAAGGAACAGCUGGAAGAGGAUCUAAAGAGGACACACCGGCAUGAACUGCAUUCCGUGAGGGAGGCAACAGAAGAUGAAGUUAUUGAGAAACUGGCACAGAUUGAAGCCAAAUACACACAUCAUUCUCAGUAUUUAAUGCAGCAGCACCUCAAUGAAAAAGAUGAGCUGGUGAGGAAGCACGACAUGGAGAAGAAUGUGUUAAUCCAGGAUCACAUCCGUGAGAUAAACCAAUGGGCAGAAAGGGAGAAAACCUUGAUGGCACAGUGGAAAAAAGAUCAGCUGAGACUGGUGGAACAACAAAAUGAAGACCAAGUUGGUAUCUGCAAGUCAUUUGCUAUUGAGAAGGAAAGAAUAGAAACCCACUAUAGAGAUCACAUUCAUGGGCUUAACCAGGAAAUUGAGGGCUUAAAUGCCCUUUUGAUAAAAGCAAAAAAUUCUUGUGUCAUAACGAGAAAACAGCAGCAACCGGUAGAGAAAAGACAUGGCAAUCCUGGUAUGGAGGGGACUGUAGCCGAUCUAAACCAGCAGGUGCUUUCUCUUUUGUCUGUGGAUGAUAAAGCAGAUGCAGGACAACUCAUAUGUGACAUACACCACCUUCAGGAAAAUACGCCAUUGAUGCAUGGCAUGGAUGAGGAACCUUCCCGUGACACUGUCAUAGAAAGGCACAAGAGGUAUAUCAAUAGUCCGAGUGCUCAGAACAAGCAGGUUUCCUUUUCUGUUGACGUGGCUGAAGGACAGUCUGCAAAAAAAUCAGAGGAAAGCACUUUGAUAAAGCUACAGGAGAUGGAAGGCAUGGUAACCUCUCCAAGAGCCCAGCCGCAAGAGCAGACAAAGGCUCAACAAACCCUUAAGAAAGAGCAAGGAAGAUUUGAAGGAGAAAAGGAACAUCUAAGCAGCUUGUUGGAAUCUAGGGCAGAUAAAUGCCUGCUUUCUGAGGACAAAGAUUUAAUUUCUCAGUUGCAGGAAAGCCGAGAACAUGUGCAGAAGCUGGAAUCAAUGCUUGAAUUUCAUGGUAGGGAGAGGGGGGUGGUCUUAGCUGGCAAUGUGGAAAAGGAUCACAGGCUGAAUUUAAUGAGAGGAGAGACAGUAAUGAUGGCAGCCCACCAAGAUUUGGCUGGUGAUGGCAUGCUUGAAAAGGUGUACCAGCCCAUGUCUGGAGAGGUGACACUAGAAGAUCUUGCAGCCAAAAAUGUUAUGUUACAACAACAGCUGAGGAGCAAUGAAGAUGAAAUGAACGUCCUGCAGAGGCAGAUAGAGGAGACUAUGAGUAAGUGCCAAGUGAUGGAAGAAUGGGCAACCAAGCAAGUGCAGGAUGCCAGGGAAGAGCUGGAGAGCGAGAAGGACCAUGUGAAAAACAGGUUGUUGGAGCUGGAAGACUUGGUACGAAGACUAGAACAACAGACUUCCGCUUGUCAGGAUGACAGUAUCCAGAUUGAGACUUUAAUCAAAGAAACUGAUAAAGCAUAUGGAAAACUGGAAGACGUGAACAAGCAGAACCAGGAUUACCAGGAGGAGCUGUCUCGGUUAAAUACACAACACCAGGAGGCAAUCCAUAAAAUGAACAUCAAACUGGAAGAGAUGAAUGAGCAAAAGGAUGAAGCAAACUCUGCUCUGGUUAGGCUGCAAGAAGCUAUAAAUGGUCUGGAGGAGGAAAAAUUUCAACAAGAGUUAUCUUGGCAAAAAGAAAGAGAACACUUGGAACAUGAACUCCAAAUAUCGAAGCAAGAGAAUGAAAAAUACUGGGAUGAGCUGUGCCAGCUGAAUGCUCAAGGCCUCCAGUUGACAAGCACAGUGUCCGAUCUGAGUUCUCAGAGAGAAGUGAAUUAUGAGACCAUUCAGGAACUGAAUGCCAGAAUCACGGAGCUCAUUGAUGAAAAGUAUGAAUCGGCCACUCGCAUAGAACAACUACAGGAAAAGCUUGGUGUCCUGGAGAGAGAGAGCCUUCAUAGCCAGUCCGAAAUGCAGAGAGAAAAAGCUCAGCUCCAGAGUGAGCGGCAGAUAUCACACCAGGAGACUGACAAAACCCAAAAUGAAAUAUUCCAGCUGAAUUGUACAGUGUCCAGUCUGAAGGCACAGAAUGAUGCUCACCAGGAGGCUCUGCAGAAGUUAGAAGGCAGGCUGGGAGAAAUGACCCAACAGAAGGAAGGACUUACAGCAACUAUAGAGAAGCUCCAGGACCAGCUCAGCUCUGUAGAGAAAGAGAAGGUCCAGCAGGAAGCAAACUGGCAACAGAUCCGAGUGAGACUGGAAUACGACCUGCAAAUAUCUAAAAACCAGAUUGAAAAUCUGAUGUUUAAGCACAAGCAGGAAAAGCAAGAUCUUCUGAAUGGGCUGGAUAAAACAAACAAGCAGCUUUUGGUUAUGGCGAACCUUCAAGAAGAAAUAUCCUCAUUAAAGCAAGUGAAGGAAUCUUUGGAGGAUCAGUGCCAGUCUGUAUCCAAACUUCUUAAAGAAACUACUGAGCAGGUGAGUCAGAUAGAAGAGCUGAAGUGUGAAUUAAAACAAGCCCAGGAAGAAUGCCAGAUGUGGAAGGAGAGCUAUGAUCAGCUGAAAGCGGAGCUGGAUGAGUCCCAUGAUGAGCUAUUAGAUGCCAACAGCACGUUGACUCUUGUGCAGUCUCAGCAUAUGCGAGAGGUCCAACAGUUGAAGGAGAAGCUGUGCAGUGCUGUGCCCAUGGAGCAGAUUGCUGAAUUACAGAACCGCCUGUUAGAGGAACAGCAGAAAGUCCAGCAGCUACAGGAGAGAAUGAGGUUUCACGCUGAGCAGACCAACUAUCAACUGGCAAUGCAGCAGGAGGAACAUGAGAAGCUCCUGCGUAGGAUAGAAGAACGAAUGCAAGAUGUAGAAAUGAAUCUAAAAAAUGUCCGGGAAAUGUUGCAAGAAAAAGUUGACCAGCUGAAUGAGCAGCUGGAGAAGAAUGCCAAAUCCGACCUACUUCUUAAAGACCUGUAUGUGGAGAACAGCCAGCUGAUGAAGGCUCUGCAGGUGACAGAACAGCGGCAGAAGAGCGCAGAGAAAAAGAACUACUACCUGGAGGAGAAGAUUGCCGCAUUAAACAAAGUCAUGAAGAAAAUUGCCCCAGCCUCUCUGGCGGUCUGACACUCUACGUGCACUAGUGGACUGACAUGGUUGACCAUACAUCACCGUGGCUUUCAGAACACUGAAAUUGUAGCAUCUUUUUAAUGGGUUUCAUGCAAGAAAUAAAAGCAAUGAGCACCGUAUAUAAAUGGGAACUAAAGAAUUCCAAGAGACAAUCACACGGGUAAAUACCAGAGCUUGGACUCUGUAGAAUCACCAGCUUUUUCUUUUUGGGGAGGGCUACAAAUGUAAGGCAAUGCCUGUCCAUUUGUAAGUCAACACUGAAUACCUGUCCCUGCUUCCUGGAGACAUUGGACUGUGGAGGACUAUGACAGUCCAUGCAUUACCCAACAAUGGCUGCUGUGCAGCUUUAUAUAAUACAAGGCAUAAUGUACAGAAUAAAUCCUCUCUCCUUUUAUGCAUCACCUGUGACAAAGAAAAAAGAAAAAAAAGUUGUCCCCUACUAACCAGUCGGAAACUGAAGGCAACUAUGUGAGUGGUUGUUACCUACAACUCUUUCAGUCAUGGAAAAUAGGGGCUUAUAUCUCUGGGAUUAUUUUAUUCUGCACUAUUUUGUAUCUAAGUAAGAAAAUAGAGACACAAACUACAUCAUUGUUUCUUCUAUGAACGGGUCCAUACAUGUUAGGGGUUUCAUGUAUAUUUCCACCAUCAGCGUUGAGUUACUCUAAGGCCUAAUGCACAUGGAUCCUUUUUAAACUAAACAAUAAUGAGUCUCGCAGAGAUGUGGCAUUGUUUCUAUGGAAGAAUAUCUGUAUACAUUAUACUCACUAGAAAUGUGGACAAAUAAAUGAACAGUCUCAGUGAGCAUCUCCAUCCUAGAAAAGGCUAGAGCUCGUCUUUUAUACAAUACUCUAGAUCAGUGGUCUCCAAACUGUGGCCCUCCAGAUGUUGUAAAACUACAAUUUCCAGCAUGCCCAGACAGCCAAAGGCUGUCUGGGCAUGCUGGAAGUUGUAGUUUUGCAUCAUCUGAAAGGAAACCGUUUAGACAACACUGUUCUAGAUGAAAGAUCAGACUUCCACAACUGCACAUACUGCUUGUAGACAGAGCAGGACUUCAUCUUCUUAUUUGAUGUCUCAUUAGGUAAAGCUGCCUCAUUUUAAACAUAAAAAUGCUUUGACAGCUUAACAUUAAAUAUUACUUGAAUAUCAAUUACUUGCCUCCAGUUUGGAAUUAAAGGGGUACUCCAGCGCUUAGACAUUUUAUCCCCUAUCCAAAGGAUAGGGGAUAA